AUGGACAACAAGGUGGCAUAUGAAAUGGUGCUUGCCCUACUAGAGCACCAACUUUCCUCACCAGUCCAAUGGAUCGCCACUCAAGACUCACUGCUGAGCAUGCAAAAGCAGCACCAACGCUAUGUCGAGAUUGGGCCGUCAAACACUUUAAGCACGAUGAUGAAAAAGACCAUGGCCCAAAACGGCGAUGUCAAUGGUGACCAGGAGCUCCCCCAGUGUCUGACCUAUGCAGACGAGCUAGAGGCGAUCCGGAAAGCAUCCGAGCCUGAGCCUGAGGUUGAAGAGGAAGAGAUCUCUGCCGAUGUCCUGACGGACAGCGCGGCACCACAAGCGGCACCAGAGCCGGUUGCAGUUGCGGCUCCAGUGGUCCAAGCUGCCAGUGUAGCAGAAAUUGAAGACGUGCCUCCUACCGCUGCAGAGGCCGUGGUGACGAUGGUUGCUGCUGGACUGAAGAUCGCCCGGGACGGCGUCGAUGUCACCCAAUCUAUCAAGUUUCUUGCCAAGGGGAGAUCUGCCCUGCAGAAUGAGAUUGUCGGCAACCUCACGGCAGAAUUCGGACAGGUUCCCGAAGCCGUGGAGACCACACCGAUUACAGAACUAUGCCAAGAUCUGCAGAGGACAUAUUCGGGCAAGCUCGGCACUUUCCUGGGUGAAUGGUUGACCAAAAGAGUUUCGGCAAAGCUUGCCCCAUCAAUAUCAGUAUCCAAGUUGCGUGCUCGCCUUCGAAACUCAUACGGGCUGAAACAAGGCCACCAGGACUCGUUUUUCUUGACGGCGAACUUUGACGAAAUUGCGUCAAGGCUCGCUGACGAACAAGAAUCAUGGAAGAAAGUGCAGCAAUGGGCGGACUCUUUCCUGCGCGCACGCGGCCUGCAACGUGUGGAAGCGCCCGUCCAACAACAAGGCGCGGCUCAGCCUGGUUCCCAAACGGAACAGGUAAACAGCCCACAGCUCGCCAAGUUCGCUUCAGAUCUGGCAGCGCUGAUGUCAAAACAUUUCAAAUCCUCAUCCGAAGACCAAUCGCAGGACACCGAGGCCCCUUCCGCCGACGACGCCGAGGUAGCCAAGCACCUGGCCGAUGAACUCGGGGCCGAGUUCAUCUCUGGCACGAAAUCCUAUUUCCGUCCCGAAAUGGUCUAUAGGUAUCAAUCUGGAUGGAACUGGGCUGUUCAAGACCUUUACGUCACCUUGUCUGGGGUCAUCACGCGUGUCGGGACCAUGCCUGAGGAAGACCUUCAACUUUGGAUCCAGGCUCAAUGCGAACGUUUGCGGGAACGACGGACUGACAGGCUCCUCCAAUGCGCUCACUUCCUGCUGGAAAAAUGGGAGAAGGAAAGCGACUCCAAGACGUCCCAGUGCUGUCUUCUGCUACUCCGAGACAUUCUUAGGGACGAUGAACCCCUGUCUGCCACAAAUCUACAGUCAUACGUCGCGCCCAGCCGCAAGACUAUCCCCAAGACCAAGAUCACCGAGGAAGGAGAAAUUAUCUAUCGAGAAGUGCCGGCUGAGGCCAUGAGCUUGAGCAACAAACCUUUGGUAUCCGAGCAAAACAGCUCAUGGGAUUCUUUCCAGUCUGUCCCCACAUCCGACAGCGGCGAAGACACUUCCGGAUCAUUAGUCUCCGGUGGACUAUGGCCGGUCCGACUUCUCACGAAGGGCAAAGCUGGCGAAUGGGAAACCAACCCCAACCUAACAAGCCAGCUGCACGAGGCCGAACGACACCUGGGAAUUGAGAAGGCCCUCCCGGUCGAAGGCACAACCCUGAUCAUUGGGGCCGGGCAGCGAUCUAUUGGCUUCAUGCUUGCACGCUUACUGCUUCAAGCGGGCAGCCGUGUGGCUCUGUGCACAGGUCGCCUUACGCCUGAGAACAGGAAAGUCAUUUCCCAGAUGUAUGCAAAGUCUGCGAAGCCAGGGGCUGAGCUAGUCCUGCUGCCUUUUAACCAAGGGAGUGUUCAGGAUAUCAACAACAUGGUCAGCUAUAUCAACGACACCCUCGGCUGGGAAAUCGACCACCUGGUCCCCUUUGCCGCAAUUUCCACAAAUGGAAAGAAUCUUGAGGACGUCGACUCAGUGUCCGAACUCGCGCUUCGCAUCAUGCUUACCAACACUCUCCGCCUGAUGGGUAGUAUUGUAGCUUCCAAACGGCGCCGCCACGUUCUCAACCACUCGACCCAGGUUCUAGUCCCCUUGUCGCCGAAUCACGGUCAAUACGGUAAUGAUGGGCUGUACGCUGAGUCUAAGCUCGCUCUGGAAGCGCUUCUCAACAAGGCCGCCUCUGAGCCUUGGGGUGACACCUUGACUAUCUGUGGCGUGAGGAUGGGAUGGGCCAGAGGCACCGGGCUGAUGACGACCAACGACGUCUUUGCCGAGAGCAUUGAGAAACUCGGUGCCAGAACCUUUUCAGCGGAGGAGAUGGCUACGUUGCUGGCACUCGUCAUGACACCCGACCUGACCGAGGCUUGCAUCAUGGAGCCCGUCCUGUGCGACUUCACGGGCGGCCUCGGAGCAGUCCCCAACAUGGGCAGCCAGAUUUCCUCCAUCCGUGCUUCCAUCCAAGACAAGGUGGUUGUCCGGAAGCAGCUGAAGCAGGAGGCAGACCACGACGAGAAUGUCCUUAACAGUCGCUCCAGGAGGACCCAGACUUUGAUGCCGUCGGAGACACGGGCGAAGAUGCACAACUCAUUCCCUGCCCUCCCUGAGAGUUACAAAGAUGCCAUUCCUCGCAACGCAUCUGACCUGAAGGACCUCUACGAUCUAGACUCAAUGGUCGUGAUCACGGGAUUCGGAGAGCUGGGCUCGGCCGGUAGCUCCCGGACAAGAUGGGAGCUGGAGGCCGAGGGCGAGUUCUCUAUCGAGGGCUGCAUCGAGCUCGCGUGGAUGAUGGGUUUCAUCAAGUACGAGCGACGCCGCCUCCACAACGGAACCGACGCGGGCCCGGGAUGGGUUGAGAUCGAAUCUGGCUCCCCCAUCAAGGACCUGGACGUGAAGGCCAAAUUCGAGGCGCGCAUCCGCGAGCACACCGGCAUCCGCAUCCUGGAGACUGACGAGUGGAGCAACCCAGACCCGCGGCUCCGGGAUAUGCUCCACGAAGUCGGCACGCAAGAGGACCUCCCACCCUUCGACUGUUCGUCCCAGGCGGCGGAGGACCUCAAGAGGCGCCACGGAGACGCUAUAGAGGUGUUGAGCGACGAUGGCUCGUCUGCGUCGGUGCGCAUUCGUAGUGGUGCGACCAUCUUCGUUCCCAAGGCGAUGAACACAGCCUACUUUGUGGGUGCCCAAGUCCCACAGGGGUGGGACGCUGCACGGUACGGCAUUCCUCAGGAGGUAUCGGCGCAGACCGAUCGUCCUGGCCUGUUUGCUUUGGUGUGCGCUGUCGAAGCAUUCCUGAGCGCCGGAAUUACGGACGUUUACGAGCUGUACCGUUACAUCCACGUCUCCGAGGUUGGAAACUGUAUUGGCUCAGGUGCAGGUGGUCUGCCGGCCUUCCAGAGGAUGCACGAGCAUCGGCUGCUGGGCAGAGAGGUCCCGAACGACAACCUGUCGGAGGCUUUUGUCGGCACUGCGGCCGCAUGGCUGAAUCUGCUUCUGCUUUCAGCGUCCGGUCCGCUUAAAACGGGUGCGGGAACCUGUGCAACUUCGUUGGAGUCACUCGACACGGCGUGUGAGCUAAUCAGCGGCGGCAAGACCAAGGUGUGCCUUGCCGGAGGCUACGACGUCUUCACCAGGCCGAUUUACUAUGAGUUUGGCGAGAUCAACGCCAUCAUAGACGCAGCUCAUGAUGAGCAGUGUGGAAGAGCACCUAAGGAGAUGUCAAGGCCCUUCACCACGACGCGUAGUGGGUUCGUCCUGGGCGAAGGUAUAGGCAUCCAGGUGCUUACUAGUGCCUCACUGGCUCUGGAAAUGGGCCUCCCGAUCUAUGGCAUCGUUGCCAUGACUCACAUGGCAUCCGACAAGCUGGGCAGAUCAGCCCCAGCACCCGGUCGCGGUAUUCUCACUGCGGCCAAGCAACCGAGCACUCUGAGCGCAGGCGCAAAGGGCCUGAUGAACCCAGCCCUCCGAUCCAAACUGGUCAAGGCGGCAGUGAAUGACAUUGAGUUCCGAAGCAGAGCGCAAGUCGAUGCGGUUGGUGCUGCCGACGGCACACUCACAGCUGAGGACACCGACGGAUGCAUCCAGAGCCUCAAAUCAGCCGCCGAGCUCGAGAAGAAGGCCGUCCGCCGCGCACUUGGUCAGGACUACUGGAAGAGCAACCCCAGCAUCUCGCCAAUCGCGGGCUCGCUGUCGGUCUUUGGCCUGACCGUCGACGACAUCACAUUCGCCAGUCUGCAUGGGACAGCGACCAAGCUCAACGACGUCAACGAGGCCGCGACGCUGGACCACCAGAUGCGGCACCUGGGCCGCCGCGCCGGCAACCCGCUCUUCACCAUCGCGCAAAAGUCCGUCAUCGGCCACGGACUGGGCGCGUCUGGAGCGUACGCCAUAAACGGCGGGUUGCAGGCCAUGCAUGCGGGCGUCAUUCCGGGCAACCGCAACGCGGACGACAUAGACAAGAAGCUCGAGGACUUCGAGCAGCUGCUCCUGACCAACGAGAAGAUUACGCUGCGCGGGGAGGACAUGAAGGCGUUCUCGGUGACGUCCUUUGGUUUCGGGCAGAAGGGUGCGCAGGCGCUUAUCGUGCAUCCCAAAUACCUUUUCGCUGCCAUCGCGGAGGAGCGGUACAAUGCCUACCGGCUCAAGCAGAUCAGGCGAUCUAGGCUUGCGGCUCGGGAGCUGGACCGCGGGCUUCAUGGCCAAGGAAUGUUCAAGGCCAAAGAAGAGUUGCCGUACACGGGCGACGAGUAUGAGUACAUGCUCAACCCGAACGCCCGGCGUGAAUAG